AUGAACUUUCCGGUUGCCGUCCCUCAGAGCGGGAUCCUUGGAAGCGGGGAUCCCCGUGACAACCGAGCUCCCGCGAUCAAUGUUGGCGAGAAUUUUGAUGGUCAAGUGGAAGAUGCGGCCAUCGAGUAUUCCAAUCGAAAGCGCUUGCGUGAUCGUGACCCCAAUAGCGUUACCGAAGAUGAAGUCAAGGCGAGUCGCCGCCGUCUUGUGGCUCUCGAGACUUUUGAGGCGCAGGCGGCCCAUGGAAUGGGCAACGGAGCAGUUCUGGCGUCUGUUGCGAACUUGACGACCACUGUCAACAACUUGGCGACCACUGUCAACAACUUGGCGACCACUGUCAACAACUUGGCGACCACUGUCAACAACUCGACGAAUAGUGUUACGGCGAUGUUGCGAAACAUUCGUAUCCGGGAGCGUAACCGACACGGAGAGUGGGAUCCAGUGCUUGUUGAGCAGCCUGGGCCAAAUGCCAUGGGUGUUGCACCAGCAACAUUCCCGGCAAGCCACGCUGCUGUCUUCGCUAUGAAUGGUGCUGCAAUUGCUGCUUUGCAAAACGCCUACAAUCUCCCCGCAGGAUUUUUUUGGGGUGGUACUUUAUUAACCGACGAGCAGCGGUAA